GGGCUCCCGGCGCGGCGGGAAGCAGAGAGUUCCUUCUCCCGUCCGCCUGCCGCGCUCCCUUCCCACCGCCCUCCGCCUCCAUCUCCGCGCCGCCACCGAGCAGGAGAGCGCGGCCGGGGGAGCCGCCAGCAAAGAUGCUGAGCUUUUUCCGCCGCACGCUGGGACGCCGGUCCAUGCGUAAGCAUGCGGAGAAGGAAAGGCUGAGAGAAGCCCAAAGGGCUGCAACCCACAUCCCUGCAGCUGGGGACGCCAAAUCCAUCAUUACCUGCCGAGUGGCGCUGCUGGACGGGACAGAUGUCAGCGUGGACUUACCGAAAAAAGCCAAAGGCCAGCUCCUGUUUGAACAAAUCAUGUAUCAUCUGGACCUUAUAGAAAGCGACUACUUUGGAUUAAGGUUCAUGGAUUCAGCACAAGUGGCACAUUGGCUGGACAACACAAAAAGCAUUAAAAAGCAAGUUAAAAUUGGUCCCCCAUAUUGUCUGCAUUUUCGUGUCAAGUUUUACUCAUCAGAGCCCAACAAUCUACGUGAAGAGCUAACGAGGUAUUUAUUUGUUCUGCAGCUGAAACUGGAUAUUCUUAGUGGAAAAUUGGAAUGUCCUUUUGACACCGCCGUCCAGUUGGCAGCUUAUAACAUGCAAGCUGAGCUUGGAGACUAUGAUCCUGCUGAACAUGUCCCUGAGCUGGUGUCUGAGUUCAGGUUUGUUCCCACUCAGACUGAAGAGAUGGAAUUAGCUGUUUUUGAGAAGUGGAAGGAAUGCAGGGGGCAAACUCCAGCACAGGCUGAAACUAACUACUUAAACAAAGCUAAGUGGCUGGAAAUGUAUGGUGUAGACAUGCACAUAGUCAAGGCAAGAGAUGGCAAUGAUUACAGCCUGGGACUAACACCUACAGGAGUUCUUGUCUUUGAAGGAGACACAAAGAUUGGUUUGUUUUUCUGGCCAAAGAUAACAAGGCUUGACUUCAAGAAGAACAAACUCACUCUGGUUGUUGUUGAAGAUGAUGAACAGGGAAAGGAGCAGGAGCACACUUUUGUCUUUAGACUGGAUCAUCCCAAAGCCUGCAAACACUUGUGGAAGUGUGCAGUGGAGCACCACGCCUUCUUCAGGCUCCGGGGGCCUGUCCAGAAAAGCUCCAGUCGGUCUGGCUUCAUUCGCUUGGGAUCUCGCUUCCGAUACAGUGGGAAAACAGAAUAUCAAACCACAAAGACCAACAAAGCCAGGAGAUCAGCAUCCUUUGAAAGAAGGCCCAGCAAGAGAUACUCAAGACGAACACUACAAAUGAAAGCAUACACUGCUAAACUGGAAGAAACAAGUGCUGCAAACAAUGCUAUUAUCAACCAAACUAAUGGAUCACAAAGCUGGAAUGCCAAGCCAAACCUACCUGUCCUAACAGCAGUUCCUUCUGCGCCAGUCUUAGUGGAAAUAGAAAACCUCCCAAGGAGCCCAGGAGCCAGCCAGCAAGAUAAGAAGUGCACACCUCUUGUUGAUUUGUUAGACAGCACAGAGUUGCCAGAAACUUGUGUGGAUGAUGCUGUGGGCCGUCCAGUUGUUGGCUUGGCAACAGGAGAUUCAGAAGAGGCUGUUAAUUGCCCUCCUCCUGGCACGAAGGAAACUGCUGCAAAGAAAGCAGACUCCGAUCCAUUUGAAGACACAUUCCUAAAACUGAAACAGCUGGAGACAGAGCGCAGCAGCCCCGUGCCCACUGAGCGACCCAAUGUAAACAUAAAUGUACAGGAUGAAGUGGUGAAGUUGACAGAUAAAUGUCUUAACAAUGCAAUCGAGAGCCCAAUUGUAGCAGCGAAGUGGCUUCCAGCAGAUCUCAAAAGCAAUAUCUUGAAGGCCCAGGCAGAAGCAGUGCACAAGGUUGGAAAAGAUGACAGCAUGACAAGUGUCAAGAAUUCCAAUAUUCAGGAGGCUGCUGCCAGGAACAUUAUCCUGUCAGGCAAAUCACAGAGCAGUCCCCCAGCAACCAGUCCGGUAUUUCAAGAUCCAAGAGAGCUGCUGAGAGCAAUCCCCGCUUCAAACGCCUUUGUUCCUAACGCCUUGAAUGAGGACAAUGCUGACUCUAACCACGAGGACCUGCUAAUUCCAGCUAAUCUGGCUCCAGCUGAGGAGGCUGCUGUUUCAAAGAGCACUCCAGAUGACCAGGACGUUUCCUUAACAUCACUGACAGAGAAUCUAAUUGACUUUACAGAAGCCACACCUCGGGUGUCUUCUCAGCCCAUUGUAACACCGAGGUGGAUAGUGCCAACGGGACUGAUUUCCAACGGGCCUUUGGGAAAUAAUGUUGCCUUAUCUUUGAAGGCAGUGAAAGGCAGCACGGAGACCCUGAUGUCCUCAGCUGCACUGACACCAUCCCAGCAGACACCCGAAGUCCUUGUGAGCCCAGUUACUGAGGAUGCUACAAUAAGAACAAAAUGUUUACUCACCACUGAGCUCUAGAAGAAGGAGUCUGAAACUCUCACCUUGUAAAAACUCAAAUCUUCUAACAUAUCUCCAAGGGAUCCUUCCACAAGACUUGCUUGGGAUCAAACUCGUGCUGAAGGGGAGUCAGACAGCCGACUGGUUUGCCAGGAUCCAGGAAGAGACUUCUACAUUUAUCACAAUCUAACUGGAAUUGCAGCCUGAACCAGGACGUAAAACCACAUGCACAUUUGAUCUCCCUUGGGAGAAGCGAAAUAACCACACUGGAGCUAGUUCUGAACUGAGGAAAAGAAAACAGUUGUGUUCUGCUCGUGCUGGGUUAAUUGUCCCUUCCCCUGAGCUGGCUCUGGUGCUGCUGGAAGGUGUCACAGAGCUGUGGGUGUGAGCACAGAGCCCCGAUGGCUGUGGAGUAAUGAACGUCGCAGGGAUGAGGAGAACUCGGGGGGCCACCUCGUGGCCGUGCCCUGCACAGGGCUCUCCGUGUGGUCACUGUCCCAUACAGCCAAGGACAUUUUCUUCUGUGUGAUUAUUCCCUCUGGUUUUCCUUUGUUUUACCAACACACACUCUCCUUUUUGGCCUUAACCCCCUAAAUAAUCUUUGCACACCCUAUUACAGUACCUGGAAAGCUUAAAAAUCUAGUCCAUCAGUGGCCAGCUGUGUAGACUGGAUUUGAGCUGCUGCUGGUUGCAACCAGGAAAAUGCAAAUUACCAAUGCCAAACAGCUUGUAGCAUUAGCAGGAUACAGCAGAGGUCCCACACCGGACACUGAUCAUUUCAUUUCUUACAUGAUUCAAAUACAUGUAUUUUAGACUAGAGAUCGGUAUGUUUUAAAAGCCAAAGCAGUGAAGGUGUGGAUGCAGCUUAUUUCAGGAGCUACUUAUUGGUUAGCGUUGUUGUCUUCUAGGAUUAGAAAGGAAAAGAAUUUUCCUGUUUCUCUUCAUGCCGUUUCUGGGUGUUUUUUCCAUUCGCUGUGCUUUAGGAAUACUUACCAGGUAUUUUUGCAGCAUGAGGGUACAGCUAGAUCAGUUCUUAACACCAAUUUGAAUCCUGUUCCAAAUGUCAUCUAAUAGUUAUAUGUGGAAAAAACAAUAGAAAGACUAGGGUGAAAACAGGAAAAAAGGAUGAAAAAUUCCUGUCAGCAAUUCACUUUUCUUUAGAAGGAAGGUAAAGAGCAUGCGCUCCACAGAGCGGGUGAAGGUCUUUGGGUGCUCAGGUUAAGUCUAGGGUACAGUGCAUAAGUUCAGAGAUCAUUUGAGCUCUGGGUAUCAUCACAUGGACCCUGGGGAUAUAGCCUGUGAAAAAAGUAACGCAGAGUAAGAUGGUGAAUCCCACAUCUAACAAGGAAGCACAGAAGAAACGACUGUGAUCUUUCUUUCUGAGGAAGAGGUUUGUACAUAUCACUGGGGUUGGAGAGUGUUUUCUCCAUAGUGCUGCUGUUUGUAGAUACUUAAAUGCAUGUGGUUCUUAGAAACAAACUUAAAUGUGAGAAUUGGAACCUGUAUGCACAAUUUCAUUUCUGCCCAUUGGCUGUGUGCACGUCUCAGUGUAAACAAAGUUUGGACCAAGCCACUAUGGGUUGUGCAAGUAAGCUGUGCUCAGCAAGACUGCUACAUUCAGACCAAGGUGUUCAUGCUGCUGUUGCUCUUGCGUUCUUCCUUGCAAGAUGCUGAAUGCGAGUUAAGGGAGAAGACACGUGGAUUUUAGAUAGCCUGCUGCCACUUCUCAAAACCCCCAAGGCCUUAACAGAGCAAUGUAGGGACCGGAGAAAGCUGGUAGGACUGACAUAGCAGAGUGACUCUGCAGGCAGUGAUUUGCAGCCACUGCCUCGAGAACCAGGAUUUCAGGAGUGGUGGCCGGUGCCGUGGGUGCGCCUGCAGCCAGCACCCGGAGCAGCACCCGGGCACGUCCCGCUCCCGCACUGCCGCAUGAGCGGAGCCGCUGCCCCGGAACAGGCACAGGUUCCUGCUCCCAGCCCUUCAGCUCUCCCAUUGCUGCUUCCAGUUGAGUAUUGGCUUUUGUUAUACUUCUGAGUCUGAGCCUUACUGCUUAUUAAAACAUAGAUGACUCCUGAUUCGAAUAUCAAAUGUCUUAGUUGGGAUUAAUAAUGCAGUUGCCAGCAAAGUUCCUGCAGGAAAAGGGAAGCAAUGGCUGCAACAGUCUGCUUCCUGCACAAAGCCAGGACUGUGUGUGGAAACUUGGCACUUGCUAUUCAUCUGUUUGCUCAGCAGCUGAGCUGGCAUUCGCCAGCUACAUGUGUUGGGUUUGUAAAUAGACAGAAUGCAGUAGCAUUCUCUUAGGCAUGUUUGAUAUUUGGCUCUUCCUGUUGGGUUCGGGAGCUCUGUGAACUGUCAGCUUGAAUCCCUCCCAAAACUGGAAUAACAGAAGUUCACAGUUUUCCAGCAUUGCGUGUUGAAUACCAUCCUUAGAUUCCUCCCAAACCAUCACAGCAAAUAACAAGCAAAUAGCGUGUGGUGAAAGUGUCCCCUAAAAUCUAAAUGGUUCCAAAUAACCAACUGUUAUUUCAGCAUGGUCAGGAUAGCAGUGCUUGGAGGGGAAUGUUGUAAUUACACAUGUGCACACACAGAGAAACUUCAAAGGGGUGAGGCUUUUCUCAGUUUUCAGAGGACUAAUAUUUGAAAUUUCACAUAAAAAUGCCAACAUUUCAGCUGGUAAAUUGGGAACCUGCAAUAUCUAAUAGAUUUGGGGCUGCACACCCAACUCUACCCAGCAAUAGCUGAUACUUGGAGCAAAUAUUCACUAAUUCAUCUUGACGUAGCUUGCUUAGCUAACCAAAUUAUUGCUUAUAUAGGGAGCCUGGCAAGACCAAGGUGACAGAGGUUUGUGAUCUGAACAUCUGCAAUUUGGCAUCACUGUGCUGCUUUGCAGCUAGAGGUACUGAGUUACAACAUGGCUGACUAACAGGUAACAUAGCAUCCCUCAUCACCUGCAUUUUGUGAAACAAAUAAUGGUAAUAGUUCCUGCAGUUAUAAAGUAUCAGUUAAUGCCUGUGUUUUACUGAGAACAAAAGGAUUUUCCUACCAUUGCUAUACUACUGAUAGGCUAUAGUGUCCAAGUAUUUUCUAAAGUCUGUUUUCCAGUAUUUAUUUAGAGAGAUUUAUAAAUAAAACUUUUGUGUGAA